AUGCCCAAUGGGAGUCUAGAUGAUUGGUUGCAUCUGCCGAUGGAGUUACAUAAUCAUUCAAGGAAUUUAAACAUUCUUCAAAGAUUAAACAUCGUAAUUGAUGUGGCUUCUGCAUUGGAUUACCUUCAUUACCAGUGUUAUGCAACAAUUGUUCAUUGUGACUUUAAGCCAAGCAAUAUUCUACUUGAUAGUGAUAUGAUUGCACAUGUCAGUGAUUUUGGUUUGGCGAGGCUACUUUUAGAAUCUGACGACAAUUCAUCCCAGACUCAAACUAGUACCAUUGAGAUAAAAGGAUCUAUUAGCUAUGCUGCUCCAGAAUAUGGCAUGGGUGGAAAAGCAACUAUAUUAGGGGACAUGUUUAGCUCUGGGAUCUUUUUAUUGGAGAUGUUCACAGGAAAAAGGCCAACAGAUCAUAUGUUUACUGAUGACUUAAAUCUCCAUAACUUUGCAAAGGUAGCUUUACCUGUAUAUGUGAUGCAAGUUGUAGAUCCUACACUCCUACCCAAGGAAGGACAUAGAGAAGAAAUUAAAGAGGGUGCUAUCAACAAAACUGAAGGUCCUAAUCAUAGGAUAGAUAAAUUGCAAGAUUGUAUAACAUCAAUAAUUGAAAUUGCACUCCAGUGCUCCAUGGAAUCGCCAAGAGAACGUAUUUACAUGAAUGAUGUUAUGAGGGAAUUACAUUUAAUCAAGGAAAAAUUUCUUGAAGCAUGAAUCAAUCAACGCAGAGGAACUAUGCCUAUUAGAAGGUGAUUC